CCGCCGCCGAGGGGAGGCGCCUGAGCCGGAGCGGGCCCGCCAGAGGUCCGGCCCCGUCGGCGGUGAGGGUCCUGUCGGCGGCGCCCGGGAGCGGCCCGGCUCCCCGAUGCUCCCGCGCCGGCUGCCGCGGGCCGGGCUGUGCGCUUAGUGCCCGGCUCUGGCCCCCCGAAGUGCCCGCGGGGGUGGGAGCGGCCUCGGCCCCGCGGAGACGGAGCGGCUGGAGGACGAGGCGGCGGCCGCGGGGAGGAGGAUGGGGGCUAACCAGUUGGUGGUGCUCAACGUGUACGACAUGGUGAGUGCGGCCCAGGCCGGCGUCCUCCGGCCGCGGGGCUCGGACCCCGGCCCCCGGCCCCUGCGCUUCCUGCCGCGCGUCCCCGCCUCCGGCUUAGUUCUCGGGGGUGGGGGAGGGGAGCAGGAUUAGGUUUUAAUCCCCGCGCACGUCGGCGCGCGGGGAAGCGCUGCCCGGUCCGCCCGAGGGCUCCGGCCGGGGCUCCGGGCGCCGGGCCCGACAGCUGGGCGGGCGAGCGGUGUCCUUUCGGCGAAGCUGGGGUCGCGGGUCCGACCUCCACUCCUGUCCCCGGGGACUCCGGGGCCGCCCCGUCCCCGAGCGCCCGUCCGCCCCGCUCUGCCGCUUCUCCCAGCCACACGGCUCCCGGUGCCCGAGUCUCCAGAAACUCCCAAGCUCACGGCUGUCGGUGCUUAGGCUAGACUCUCUCCAAAGGCGCACAGGGGCCGACAGCCCCUUGCCUCCGAGGCAGCCUCAUUCGGAUGAAUGAGGCUCUAGUUUACCGAGAAAAUAGCCCAGCUGAGUUACGUAGAUAAGAGAUCAAGGUGGUGCUCCUUUGCUAGAUUCUGAAGACCACUCUGCAGGUGAUGCAACAGGUAUCCGACGUGACCGCAGGAGAGGGAAGGGGAGUUUAUGAGGUCAUCUAACUUCGGGGUGCCGCAGGCACCCGGGAUCGAGUCCGAGGACUGGUUUGCCACGGAAUUGCGCCUGAAGUACCCGGCAGAGAAGGAUCGGGGCAGUUAGAUGCACGCCUGGUACUGGAUGAAUGAAUACACCUCGUCCAUCGGAAUUGGAGUUUUUCAUUCAGGAAUUGAAGUAUACGGCAGAGAAUUUGCUUAUGGUGGCCAUCCUUACCCCUUUUCUGGAAUAUUUGAAAUUUCCCCAGGAAAUGCUUCUGAACUAGGAGAAACAUUUAAAUUUAAAGAAGCUGUAGUUUUAGGGAGCACAGACUUCCUGGAGGACGACAUAGAGAAGAUUGUGGAGGAGCUGGGCAAGGAGUACAAGGGCAACGCCUACCACCUGAUGCACAAGAACUGCAACCACUUCUCCUCAGCACUGUCGGAGAUUCUUUGCGGGAAGGAGAUUCCUCGCUGGAUCAAUCGUCUGGCCUACUUCAGCUCCUGCAUCCCCUUCCUCCAGAGCUGCCUCCCCAAGGAGUGGCUCACCCCCGCGGCCCUGCAGUCCAGCGUCAGCCAGGAGCUGCAGGAGGAACUGGAGGAGGCCGAGGAUGCGGCCGCGGCCGCCUCCGUGGCCGGCCCCUCGGCGGGCUCCAGACCCGGGCGCCACACCAAACUAUAAAAGGUCUCCCAAGUCUCACCCUCAGAACUGUCUCUGACCGGUGACUGUCCCCAGAGAAAAGUAAGAGAGUAAGAAGCGUCCUUUGGGUAUUUUGUAUGCAAAGAUGGCUCUCCCCCAAAUCCCAGUUUUUCAGCUCAGGAUUAUAUUUGUAAUCAAAAGAAUCACUUGGCGCAGGAGGGAGAACUUUGUACGAAGCCACCCUCGGUUUUUUUUACCCACUUGUAAAUUGGGGUUUACUUCUGUUUUCUACAAGCUCUGUUAAGUUAUGUUUACAGUAUUUUGUAUCGCUGUUUACAAACCUUGCAUGGACUCCUGCCACCGUGAAAGAAGACAGCCUUCACGUCUCGGGAACUUCGGUGGAUCACCUUCCUACACUUGCGACAAUUUCCAGAGCUACGGCGUCCGCAGUCGGCACACGAAGGGCGCUUGAGGGGCUCUGGCCACCACUACCUGCUCCAGAAGGGUCGUUUAGGUUCACGUGUGGUUCUGUUCGCGUUCGGGCACCGGGACGCUGAGGCCAAGGAGCUCCCGCAGCCCAAGGGCUCGGGGCCCGGGUCUUCGGGAAAGGCUCUGCCAGGCGGGGGCCUGCACCCCUGACACCUGUCCCCCCAGGCGGGCCGGCCCGUCCCAUGACGCCUCUGAUUCUGCCGUUAGGAUGGUUUUCGUUCGAGAUAGUCUUGCUAGGAACCGAGGGGUAUUUUUGCACACGUGUGGGGGCUUCAUCGAUAUUUUAAUACGGACUGACCUCCCUGCACACGAUUUCGCCGACGGGGCGGGAGUAGCAGCAGGAGUUGACAUUCAACUGCUUUUGAACUAUUCAGGCUGCCUUUUAUACUAGACCUUGAAAACUGGAGCCUGAAGUAACGCCCUCCACAAAGUUCACGAUUUGAUAUCCCGACACUUCGUGUACCAGACGGAGCGCGUCGGAGUUCUGUUGCUUCGUUCCGGGGGUAGUUUGACCUCAGAGUAGAAAAACCUAGUCUCAUUGACCUCUCGUUGAAGGAUGUUUGUGUGUCUUAAAACUCAUCUUUUUCUGUUCUCCCAAGUGUGUGUCUCUUACGUGACCUCCUCCCACAAGGAAAUUGUCUCCACCGAUAGAUAAGUCCUUGUUAGCAAGGACUCUGUCUGCUCACAUCUACUCCCAGUUUGACCCUUGGAUGUAAGAGCCAAGUCACUACAUGUCAGAUUCAAUUUUUCUGCCUUAAGAAUGAAUGUCCUACAUAGAAUAUUGGGUGAGCGCAUAAAUUAUCCAAGGCAGUGACUUCAGCUUUAUAUAUAUUGUUAGUUUUAAAGUCACCUCCUUUUAUUUAAACUCCUAGAUCGGAUUGUUUGCUAUUUCUCUUUGUAAAGAUACAUAUCUUUCAGUAAAGGACAUUUUUAACUUUUCCA